CGACGCCAGACCCCGCAGCCUUUCAUCGUAACAUCAGGAGUAAGUGGGCAACGACUGCUGUCCACUGCUUCAUCCUCCUUCUCGUCUGGUCGCUCGUCCCAGUCGCUGGCCAGUCGUUGCUUGUCCUGUCACCCUGUGAUUUCCGCAAACGUCGGGUUGCCGGGCAACGCUUUUCUCCAUCAGAUACACUCGCUGACCAAAGAAAAAAAAAAUGGUAAAGAGCAUCAGCAUCUCCUUAUGCCUACUCGUCGUUGCCGUUGCUAUGGUGACGACAGUCAGAGCCUUCGGGGCCGACCAGCCCCAGCCGGUCCCUGACUUCGGCAGCCGCUACUACGACCGGAAGUUCCAGAGCUGGCUGAUGAACAAGCGCGGGCUUGGAGACGCCGACUACGAGGGUUUCGGUCGUAGUUUCGGCGACGAGGAUCGCUUCUUCAACUGGCGGGACUACUUCGCCAACGGCGUGUCCAAGCGGCAGUUCAGCUACACCCCGGGUCGCUUCGGGUCCUUCCGCCGCCUCUUCACCAACGGCCUGCAGGACUGGCGCAACACCUUCACCAACGUCAAGAAGCGAUCCGUCAGCGACGACCACAACACCGCUGCGUGAAGCAAGCUGUAGUGUCGGGUAUAUUCCACCCCAUCCCUCCUCACAUGUCAGUCUGCUAUUAGCACGCAGUCCAAGUUAACUGAUUGUUUUUCAACGGUUUCUUUCUUUCUUUAUUUUUUAUUUGUUUAUUUAUUUUUAGUCACCCCACCUACCAAAUCAUGAACGAUGUGCAAGAAGCGAUCAGAGAAUAGUUUACAAGAUUCACACAAAAAAAGGUGUCAGACUUAGCUUACUCUGCGAGAAAUUAAAUUUAACUGUAUUUCUGGGGUUGACUAAAGAGUGCAUUCAUUUCUUGACAGAUUGAAUUUUCAGUAAAUUCUAUUUUUGGCCUUAAAAAAAAAAAACGGUUUCAGGGUGUUGUGUGUUUACACUAUGAAUGGCGAGUGGUUUGAAAGCAAAGCAAGGCACGCUCAGUGUACACCGUAGAAUACAAUCAGUUCAAACCUCGAUGCAUCACUAAUUCUGCAUUUGACUUAAUAAAGGAUGUUACUUUU